AUGUGGUCCGGGCUGCAGCACCCCGGGGACACCCUGGGACUCCUGCUGCCUGCCUCUGGCCACCCGCGUUCCCUUUGCAGCCAGGCCGAGUGGGAGCAGCUCCUGGGCACCUGCAGCGGCUUUUUCUUCUAUGGCAUGGAGAGCUUCCUGUCCCACAUACUGGUGGAAAGGUUGGCUGCCAUGAACCUACGAGAGUGCCAGAUGAUGGUCCUGCUGGGCCUGACUCGGUCCUACAAGAGCAUGCGGCGGCAUAUGGAGAAGUCAGAGAACAAGAGGUACCUGCUGUCCCCCUGCACCAGCUUGAGCCAGCAGCCUGGCCUCCACACACUGAAUAGGGGGGCGCCUGGGGGUCUAGGACUGACGGAUGUGCUCCCCAGGGAGUGUGCGGGGACAGAGUGUCCCUGCGUCCCAUGGGCAGAGCCCCAUGAAGGAGCCAACUCUACCAUCUGCCCAGACCCUUCCCUGGAGGAGUCUGGUUGGAGGGGGGUGCAGUGGAGGAAGGAGGGGAGCUCCAGCGGCAGACCAAGGCCUGCGGUGACUGGGCCAGGGGACAGAGGGCCGGCAGCCGGGAGGGCGCCCUGGCUUCAGAGCUCCCCACAUCACGUGCAGCACAGUGCCUGCGUGGGCUGCGAAGGUGGCGGAGAGUCUCAUGAUGGGUGCUUUGCCUCCCGACCCCACCGCAAGGUUGGGAGUGGUCCAGAGGGACUGACAGCACGCCGGAAUGCCCUGUCUUGUUAAAUGAC